AUGGAAGAAGUUGACAAGCUUUCUUCUUUCAUAACAGCUGAGAAGGAUGUCGGUGUAAGUGACCGGGUUAGCCCGUUUCUAACCGGGUCGAAUACAAUGAACGGCGGGAAACCUGAAAAUUCGAAAGAGACCACCUCCACUGAUCAUCACCAAGGCGACGACUUUCUCCGUGAAGCUACUACGACGGACCGGUCUCUCCUUAGCUCUUUAGCUACGUUAGUGAUCAAGUCCAUCGAGUUUCAAGUAAGUCUGAUGCUCAGCUUCAUAAAGUUUCCACCUUGGUUUAUUCAUAUCUGCUUAAGCUUCGUUAUGGAUCCUUAUCGUACGAUGAGACGCGGCAGACGCUAUCUAAUAUCAAAGGUUGUGGAGUUAUGUGAGUUAGGUUUGAAUGAUGAUAAGUUAGUGUUGGAGACUGUGCGCAGGUUAGCAUUGGGCCUGUUAUGGGCUGUGCACGUAGGCAUCGUUUUGUUUGCCAUGUUGGUGUCUGCGUUUAUGAUUAGUGGGUUUGUGAUAAGCCUUUUGGCUCGUGAACCACUUGUGGUCAAAGAGAGUUUGAGUUUUGAUUACACCAAGAAUAGUCCAGAAGCAUAUGUGCCCAUUACACGAGUUAACAGUCCGAAUCAGAGGACAGAGGUCAGUGUCUCGAUGACGUUACCUGAGUCUGAGUACAACAGAAACCUCGGUAUGUUUCAGGUUCGUGUGGAGUUUUUAUCAGAGAAUGGUGAAGUCCUCGCUACUUCAAGGCGGCCGUGUAUGUUGAGGUUUAGAACCGAGCCUGUCCGUCUUGUUCAGACUUUUCUGAAGAUAGCUCCUCUUGUGUCUGGCUAUGUUUCUGAAACGCAAACCUUGAAACUGAAGCUCAAAGGCUUUGCUGAGAAGGACGUUGUUAGUACUGCUUGCGUGAAGGUAAUGGUUGAGCAACGUGCGGAGUUUCGUGGUGGAGCAGGUGUUCCAGAGAUUUAUGAAGCGUCUUUGUUGCUUGAAUCUGAACUUCCUUUAUUGAAGAGGAUUAUAUGGAACUGGAGGAGGACUUUGUUUGUGUGGAUCAGCAUGUGUUUGUUUGUUACGGAACUGGUUUUCGCCUUGGUUUUCGUCAGAUGUCUGAUCAUCCCAAGAAUGGGUCAGAGGAGACAACAAAGUGAUGGAACACAUUCCAUCAACAGUACUUUAAAUCUGGAUGGUUCAGGCGGGAAGUAGAUAAAAUGGGAGGUUGUUGUAACCGUCGGUACGUACAAUUGCUGUAACUUUAGUUUCUUCACAUGUGGUUAUUACGUUCUUUGAUCAAAGUUGUAAUAUCAUUCCUGCUAAUCAAUGUUUGUAUUGUCCGUAUAGACUUUUAUGCUGUGUACUUCAAUCAUUUUCUUAAGUCACAGUGAUACCGAAUACAUGAGCCCAAUUACCGAUGGAAUUUUAUCCAAGCAGC